UACCAGGCCAGCUGGGAGAGCAUGCAAUUUCUGCAUGAUUUGUAUCUUAUUAUAUUUAGCCAUUUCUGUCCCCGACGUGUACUCGAAAAGAAGAGAAGGUGCAUCCCCGGCGGUGACAUAUAUCGGCGGUCGUAAGCAAGAACUUCUCCGACGAGUACUGUGGCAGGUGGGCUUUCUUCGAUCUGUGAGGGUUGGUAUUUAAUCUCUUCCUUUGUUUUUAAGUUCUGAUCCUUACUUACUUACUUGAGUUGCUUGUUUGUACCUAAUUUCCACAGGAUGGCUGAUGUUGCCGGAGGAGGAGGUGACCCAGGCCUGAAGGCUUUCAGUUCCGCUGCCAAGCUUGUUGACCGCUUGGAGAUGUUGAUCGAGAAUCCGGUGUGGAGGCAGACGAUGAAGAUCGCGGAGGCGAGGCUGCUGAGGGACAGAUUGGGAUGGGCGAUGGCUGCCAAAGCAGAGAUCGUCGUUGAGGACGCAAAGGACAUUGUGACCGUCGGGCGGCUGUGGAGGGAAUUUGGGUUCAAAGGGACAGUCAAGCCUAACGGCGAGCUUCCUAGUGAGACAGCUUCUGAGUUGACUAGGCUUGCGGUGAGUGCAUAUUUGAAUCUGUGAAGGUGUUAGAGGAGGAUGGAUUCGAUGGUUUUUUUUUAGAGGGUCGGGGUAAUCGUAGUUUAUGGUUCGGAAUUAGAAGAGAUCCUAGUAUGUUUUGUUGGGUUGUUGGAUGAAUAUGAAUAAUAUAUUAUUAUUAUGAAUGAUAUGAACGAGUGAUUAGAUGGAAAUUAUUGCUCUUGCUAUGUGCUGAUUUUGGUCAAUCUUUGAUUUCAAUUGUCAACUGGAUUCAAGGAUCUUUUCUUUUGUAUGGUUAGAUAAUAAUUAAGUAAAAAGCACCUUGAGUUAAUCUUGUUCAUAUCUCUGUCAAGUCAACACAUAUCUCUGUCAAGUCAACUUGUUGGCCAGCUGGGAGAGCAUGCAAUUUCUGCAUGACUAGUAUCUUUUUAUAUUUAGCAAUUUCUGUCCCCGCCGUGUACUCGAAAAGAAGAGAAGGUGUGUCCCCGGCCAGGGGCGGAGCUACAGCAUGUCUCGGCCCCCCCCCCCCCCCCCCCCCCCGAGAAUCUCGAAAGUCAAGUAUAAAAAAGUCGGGUCGUGUGUACAAAUUAUAAUUUAUAUAUAAAAUAUAAACCGUGCAAACUUAAGACAUAAAGUUUCUUGUAGCCCAGCGGAAGAUGAACUAUUUAUAACCUAAAGAUCUCGGGUUCGAUUCCAAAGGGAAGCAGUUUAUAGCUUUCCCCUAGGUUAAUUACUUUUAUGGUAGUUUACCUAAACUACAACUUCUCCUUCCUUUUCUUUUAUAGUAAGCGGGCAUUAGAUACUUUAGUCAUUAACUUUGUAAUUUUUAUUUCCCUUUUUAAAUUAUAGUUUACAUCAAUUAAUUACCGCUUUUGCUUCUUGAAAUACAUUAUUUUUUCUUAUUCUAAUUUAUAGUAAAUAUAAUGUGAAAAAUAUUUUAUAUGGUUAUAAUAAAACAAAAUUAGUAUAAAAAAUAGAUUUUUAAACCUAAAUAUUUUAAUUAUUAGUAUUUUUUUUAGUCUUUUGCAGUAAUGUAUUAUGAAAUCCCCCCCCCCCCCCCGAGCACUAAAUGCUAGCUCCGCCCCUGUCCCCGCGGUGACAUAUAUCGGCGGCCAUUUGCAAGAACUUGGACUCCGACGAGUACUGUGGCGGGUGGGCUUUCUUCGAUCUGUGAGGGUUGGUAUUUAAUCUCUUCCUUUGUUUUUAAGUUCUGAUCCUUACUUAAUUGAGUUGCUCCAACCAAUAAUUAAAGCAACAUAAUUUCAUGAAAAUAUUAUAUUUAUAUGCUAAAUAUAAAAUAUGUUAGAGAAAAAUAAUGAUUAAUCCUAGACAAAAUACAUAUGCAUGUGUAGAAUCUGGCGGGUUCGGGUUGGAUAAUGAGAAAUCCAUGCCCACCCAUUACCCGAAAUAUUCGGGUUUGGGUUUUACCCGUACCCAUUAAACGACCUUCAGGUUCGGGUUUUACUCUACCCAAUUAGGCUGGAUUCGGGUGGAUAUCCACGAUUACGGAUAUUUUUACCAUUGCAUCCCAGGGAAAAGAUGAGAUGUUAUUUUAGAAACAACAAUAGUAUGCGAACAUAUAUAUGGGAUGUUAUUUUAGAAACAACAAUAAUAUGCGAACAUAUAU